AUGAAGACCUACCACAUGUACCACACAGAGAGCAUCAGCGCUGAGAGCAAACUGAAAGACGCAGAGAAGCAGGAGGAGAAACAGUUCAGUAAAUCUGGAGACCUGAAUGUGAACCUGCUUAGACACGAGGACAGGCAGCCACGACGCACCGUCCGCAAAAUCGAGAAGAUGAAGGAGAAGAGACAAGCCAAAUAUUCAGAGAACAAGCUCAAGUGCACUAAAGCCCGCAACGACUACCUGCUCAACCUGGCAGCGACCAAUGCAGUGGUGGCAAAAUACUACAUUCACGACGUCUCGGACAUGAUCGAUUGCUGUGACCUUGGUUACCAUGCCAGUCUGGCCCGGGCCUUCAGGACGUACCUGUCUGCGGAGUAUAACCUGGAGACGUCACGCCAUGAGGGGCUGGACGUGCUCGAGAGCGCUGUGGACAACAUGGACUCUCGCAGCGACAAGCACAAGAUCAUGGACAUGCACAACCAGGUGUUCUGCCCCCCCAUGCGCUUCGAGUACCUGCCACACAUGGGUGAUGAGGUGUGCCAGGUAAGUGCCCAGCAGCCUGUUCAGACUGAGCUCCUGAUGAGAUACCACCAGCUGCAAUCUCGUCUGGCCACUUUAAAGAUUGAAAAUGAGGAGGUGAGGAAGACCUUGGAUGCCACCAUGCAGACGAUGCAGGAUAUGCUGACCGUAGAAGAUUUCGAUGUGUCCGAUGCGUUUCAGCACAGCCGCUCCACUGAGUCCAUCAAAUCUGUGGCCUCUGAGUCCUACAUGAGCAAAAGCAAUGUGGCCAAGAGGAGGGCCAACCAGCAGGAGACCGAAAUGUUCUACUUCUCUAAAUUCAAAGAGUUCCUAAAUGGCAGUAACCUCAUCAUUAAGCUGCAGGCCAAGCACGAUUUAUUAAAACAAGCCUUAGGUGAAGGGGAAAGGGCAGAGUGUGGGACUACAAGACCCCCCAGUCUACCCCCUAAGCCACAGAAAAUGCGGAAGGCUAGACCUCGCUCCUUAUAUAACCAUAAGCUGUUUAACGGUGACAUGGAGACGUUCAUCCAGGAUUCAGGUCAACCCAUCCCACUUGUUGUUGAGAGCUGUAUCCGCUACAUCAAUCUUUAUGGUUUGCAGCAACAAGGCAUAUUCCGCGUACCAGGGUCGCAGGUCGAGGUCAAUGACAUUAAAAACUCAUUUGAGAGAGGUGAGGACCCACUGAUUGAUGACCAGAAUGAACAUGACAUUAACUCAGUGGCAGGAGUGUUGAAGCUGUACUUUCGAGGUCUGGAGAAUCCCCUCUUUCCUAAGGAGCGCUUUUUGGAUUUCAUCUCCACCAUCAAGCUGGAUUCUGGAGUGGAAAGAGCUCAUCACAUCCAGCAGAUUGUUGUGACUCUUCCUCAUACCAUUAUUAUUGUCAUGAGAUACCUGUUUGCCUUCCUCAACCAUUUAUCUCAGUACAGUGAUGAAAACAUGAUGGAUCCAUAUAAUUUGGCGAUCUGUUUUGGUCCCACGCUGAUGCCCAUCCCAGACGGCCAAGACCCCGUCGCCUGUCAGGCCCAUGUCAACGAAGUCAUCAAGACCAUCAUCAUCCACCAUGAGCUCAUCUUCCCCAGCCACCGCGAACUGGACGGACCCCUUUAUGAGAAGUGCAUGACAGGGGGCGAGGAGUACUGUGACAGUCCUCACAGCGAACCUGGGACGAUUGAUGAAGCUGACAAUGGCACUGAGCCACACACCAGUGAUGAAGAAGUGGAGCAGAUCGAGGCCAUUGCUAAGUUUGACUAUGUGGGCCGCAGUCCAAGGGAGCUGUCCUUCAAAAAGGGAGCGUCUCUGCUACUGUACCACCGCGCCUCUGAGGACUGGUGGGAGGGACGCCACAACGGGGUCGAUGGACUCAUCCCGCACCAGUACAUCGUGGUGCAAGACCUAGACGAUGCCUUCUCUGAUAACCUGAGCCAGAAAGCAGACAGUGAAGCGAGUAGUGGACCAUUAUUAGAUGAUAAAGGAUCAUGUAAAAAUGAUGAGCCAUCUCCUGGUGAACAAGUCCAUGAUUAUAACUAUGGAGGAUAUAUGGGAAGGGUCAGAUUACGGUCUGAUGGAGCAGCUAUCCCUCGUCGGCGCAGUGGGACAGACACUCAGAGCCCCACCAGAGGCACAGACACGCCACCUCGAGCUGCCGCCUGUCCGAGCAGUCCACAUAAGAUCUCCAUCAGUAAGAGUCGUUUGGAGAGCCCAGAGAAGAGGCGUCUGGGGACUUUCGGCAGUUCAGGCAAUGUCAACUAUCCCGAGAGGAAGGGCUACCCAGAGGGACACCCUCUUAGACCAGUUCCAGGAGCCACCCGCCACAGCAGCCUCGGGGAUCACAAGUCACUGGAGACAGAGGCACUGGCUGAGGACAUCGAGAAGACCAUGACCACAGCCCUGCAUGAGCUGCGUGAACUGGAGCGUCAGAACACGGUGAAGCAGGCCCCUGAUGUGGUCUUGGACACUCUGGAGCCCCUGAAGAACCCAGCAGUGAGCUCUGAGCCGGGCAGCCCCCUCCACACCAUCAUGAUCCGGGACCCUGACGCAGCCAUGAGACGCAGCAGCUCCUCCACCUCUGAAAUGAUGACCACAUUUAAACCCGCCCUGUCCGCUCGCCUGGCAGGGUCACAGCUCCGCCCCCCUUCCAUGAGACCGGUCCGCCCUGCGCCCACUGCGUCACAUCGCUCCAGUAGCUCCAGUUCAUCCGGCGUAGGGAGUCCAGCCAUCACCCCGACUGAAAAAAUGUUCCCCGCUAACAGCCCUUCAGCUAGCUCCAACAUUAGCGACGAUGCGUUGGAUAAGCCUAUGUAGCACGAGUGGUACGAGAGUGGUGGUGUAGUAUGUUUACUUACCAACGUGUUCAGUUCAGGAUACAGUGUGUUACCAUGGUGAUGCGUGGUUGGAAGAAAAAAAAAAAAACAACUCAAGAUGUGAUAGAAAAUGUUAUUCUAAAUCUGUAGAAAGUAUUUGCGUUUUACCUCAAUUUACAAUCAGUGUCCAUGUUUUUUCAAGAACUGAACUAACGCAAGUAGCAAAAUACUUGAGAAAGAAUGUCUAACUCUUGAACCCCAUCUGAAAUCAACAAUUCCUUACUAUUAUUCCUGAUAAGGUAUUUACACAAAUAUCAAGUAUGUAGCAUUGUAAAACUCUCCUGCAUGUAUUGGGAGAGAUCAAGAAAAGCACUGGACAAUUUGUGUAGGCUUUAAAACAUGUUCUGAUUCUGAAUUUGUUGGUACGUAAAAAAAUUAAUAAAUAAAAAAAUAAAAAGCACUAAUCUGAACUUUACAACUGAACUGCACAACCCGAUUAUUCAUCUGAGUUUGGACAAUACUUCUGUUCUUUAUCCUGUGUAUUAACUCCCCUAGGAUUCUUGUGGUAAAUGUGUAAAUACAAUAGCUAGUAUUACUUUUGUACAUCCUCUUGACUGAACUUCCAUUAAUCAUGUUUAAUUUUGAAUAUGUUUUUCAACGCACAUGUCACACAUCCAUACUGUGAGCUCUGAAAGCUUUUUGAUAAAUGCACUGUAAAUAAUUUUGUGAAGAAGCCGUGAAAACGCCACAAUUGUUUCUUUCUUUUUUUCUUUUUUUUUUGUUACAAUCUACAGUAAAAACUUGAAAUAUCUACAUUCAAGAUAUAGUUUAUUUUAGGGUCAGGUAACAGUUUUAAAAUAGUUUAAUGUCUUUACUCAUUCUUACUCCAUAAUUAUUUAUUUUCCUCAUUGCUCACUCUUGUCGCUCUGUACUCAGCAUCCCAAAGAGCUCGAUAUCUUCUGCAUGUUUUGCGCUGUAAAUUGUUCAACUUAUUAUUAGCAGUUGAACUAAUGGUUGUAUGUGGUGCCUUGCCUUGGUAAUACAAACAAAAUAAUUUUAAUGGUUUGGGCCUUAAUAUUAAUGGAAAUUCUGAAUUAGCUUGUCAAAAAAUCUGGGAUAAUAGCAUGUAAAAACAGGCACUGGAUUUACCCACAUGUCAAUCAUCCAUUCAAUUUAUUAUGCCACUAAAAAGUCAGGAAAAUAAACAGCAAUCACAACUGCAAAUCUCACGGUGCUCUGCCUCGCCCUACUGGCCACCGCUGGUAUUGUCACGUCAUAAUUCUUAGGAGAUUUUUUCUACGUUUGUGUUAAUUAAAUAUGCAUAUUCUUACAGGUAAUUUAAAUUUCAUAAGACGAUUAAUUGCAAAUGUAUCUAGAUAUCUCUCUUGUUAUAAUUUAUACCAUAAACAAGCAUUUGAGUGCCUUUUGUGCACAGUGUCGGAUUUUUAGGUUACUUUACUGCAAUAUUCAUUUGUUAAGGACUGUUGAUUCUUUUUUAUCUAUGCCUCAGAUAAUGUACAAAUAUGUAGAAAUAAUGGCUCCUGUUGAAUGGGAGUGACUACUGUACUGCUGGUAAAACUCAGUGGACUCAUCUCAUGUUCUUUUGUCAUUGUUGUUGGUUUAUUUCUGUGAUCUACCUGUGCUGUUGUUGAGCCUCAUUGCCAUUACUUUAAAAGGUCUUAUAGUAUUGUGGUAUCACUGGUGGAGACAUUUGCAUAUAUUUCCCUGUGUUGAGAAUUGGUAAGUUGGAUCCAUUUGGUUUGAUGUAUUCAAGUUGGUAUUGGCAAAAAAGUGACGGCUGGUGGUGCCUAAAGACUGAAACUGACCCCUCCCAUGCCCCUAUCUCUCACUGUGUGUCUAGUCUUGCUGUUCUAUUUGUUGAUGAGUGGUUGGUUGAAACCGUGUGAUGUAAUGUACACCAUACCCUUGAAUGGAUGUUUAAAA